AUGGCGACUACUGAGAUGGACUCUGGUUCUUCAGAAAGCAGAUCAGAACAUGGACCAGUCGACCCUGAUUCAAAGUACCCACUGAAAGUUCUGUAUUGUGGAGGUACAGUAUAAUUUGCUCAACAGUUCAGGGUCUCCUUUGUCCUGUAUUGGGUGUCAGGCAGGCCAGUGAACCAGCAGGACUCUUCUUCUACAGAGCCAUGUUGUUGUGAUCCCUGCAGAAUGGGGUUUGUCAUUGUCUCGCUGAAAUAUGAAGGUCUUCCCUGAAAUAGUCAUUGUCUAGAUGGCAGCAGACGUUGCCCCUAAACCUGUAGAUAUUGUUCAGCAUUAAAGGAAUAUUCCAGUGUAAAAUUAAUUUAGGGUCAAACACACCAUAACACUGAGUUAGACACCCACUCGAGAGAUGAAUGUUGCCGACCACUUGCUUCUCUAGUUAUACCAACUUUAGUAACGACUGCAUGAUAGCAAUACAGAGAGCCACGCGCUCAACCAACACGCCACUCUAUAGCCACAAAUAAUGCUCAGAACAGCACCUAACUUCAUCAACAGUACAUAUAGGGUCCCAGCCACAGCACUAGCCACCAAACAUCUUUUUAACUUUGCCUGGUUUCUUUAGCAAAGAGACGAAACACAACUCACCUACUCUCUUCCAGCAGCCGCUUGUUUGUAGCGAGACCUCAGGCAAGUCCAUUACAGACUACAGCAGGGUGACGCAGCUCAAGGAAGAACAUUAAUGAUUAUUUCUUUAUCAUUUCCUUGAAGUAAUAAUCACCAUAUUAAUCAUUUUGCACUGCAGACGCGGUAGUUCUUCUGCCUUAGCAUCUCGGCCUGAUUACAUUUCCAUGAACAAAUGAUCAUAAAUGUUCUUCCUUGAGCUGUGUCACCCCGAUGUAGUCCAUAAUGGACUGGUCCAAGGUCUAGAUACCAACAAGCGGCUGCUGGAAGAGAGUAGGUGAGUUGUGUAUAGUCACUUUGCUAAAGAAAUUAGUCAAAGUUAAAAAGAUGUUUGGUGACUAGUACUUUGGCUGGGACCCUAUAUAUACUGUUGAUGAAGUUAGGUGCUGUUCUGAGCUUUAUUUGUGGCUAUAGAGUGGCGUUUUGGUUGAGGUUUGUUUAUGGCUCCUCAGACCGCUGUGUAUUGCUAUCGUGCAGUUGUUACUGAAGUUGGUAUAACUAGAGAAGCAAGAAGUCAGCAACAAUUAUCUCUUGAGGGGGUGUCUAACUCAGUGUUAUGGUGUGUUUGACCCUAACUUAAUUUUACGCCGGAAUAUCCCUUUUAAUGGAGCUUUCACAGAUGUGGACUCUGAUGACCUCCAUAUCAUCAGGGAUGCUGGAUUUGAACUGUGAACUGAGAACAAGCUGGGUGAUCCCUCUCCUUUUUCAAGGCAGAUGAUGUGACAUCCAUGGUUUCCAGAGAGGAGGUUGAAUAUUAAUCCAUCAGAUCAUAGGACAUUUUCCCACUUUGCCUUAGUCCAUCUUACAUAGGUUUGGGCUGACGUCUCUGGAUCAUGCUUAUAGAUCAUUUCCUUUUUAUAGACAGUUCAUUUUGGAAGCAAAUCUGAGUGAAUGCAGUGACCUCCACCACAGAGGCGCAUCUGUUUUGAACGAUUUAAAUUAUUUCAAACCAUUGGAAUCGGUUUUAUCAAUAUUUCACACAGUGCUCCAACUUGUAAAGAAUCAGGAUUGUGGUUGCACAGGCACUCUGAGGGUUUGCUGUGUUUCAUUUAUCUUGUGACAGGGUUAAAUGAAAACCUUAAAUGUGUGUAUCUCAUGGUUUUUAUAUUUAAAAUGUUAAAAUAUUUUAUGUAAAAUAAAGGCAUUUUCAAUCUUCUCAUAUUCUGUCCCUCAACUGUUUGUUGAAGAACGGUUGUGGCUGGUAUUACUUGAUUGAUUGAAGUGAUUAUAGAAUAAAUUUAAACUUCCUUUGUGCCUUUCUGAAAUGUAACAGUGUUAUUUUCUUCUCCACAGUGUGCUCACUACCUACAGAGGUAAGUUUAAUCAUCAAACAAAGAGAAUUGUCUGACGCACUCACAAAUUCACUUGUAGGUCAAACUGAAUCUGCUCUUUUGUGUCUGCAGUACUGUGAGUACAUGCCUGAGCCGGCCAAAUGUAGGCAGUGGCUUGAGAAGAAUUUUCCAGAUGUGUUUGCCAGGAUGACUGUAGGUGAGUGACAUUUUAGAUUCCAGUCAUUUAGUUUUCCCCAGUUUCUCCUGAAUCCUCUGAUUGUUUAUUAAAUAUUCAGACACAAAAAAAGUAGCUGAUGUAGAUUUUCUUGGGUGAAGCUUUUCCAAAUGCUUUCCUUGUUUAAAGACUGAACUAAAGCUGAACUUUGAGCCGUAAACGGUUUCAGUCCACAACAAGGAAAAAGGUUCAUCAGCCCAAUUUAUGUCAUGGAUUUGUCUCGCAGUGGUUUACGUACCGGCUGUACAAAACUGUAAUGCACACACUGAUCAGUAGCUCGGCUAAUCUGCAUAUCAAAAGACCCAGGCUUGUACAUUUCAGCGGUCAUCUUAAACAGUACUAUUGUCGGCGGAUUGGUUUUGAUAUUUUCCUUUUUUCUUUCUGUCCAACUGGACCGGCAGCAAAUGCACCCAAGCAGGAAACCGGCACUGGAGAGGCUCCCCCUGCAGGAGAGGAGGAGGAGAAGAAGAAACAGAAGAGAGGUACGACAUUUUAGCAGGAUACUGAGUCAUAGCAGACUUCAUUAGGCCUCAUUUAAGGCAAGAGCAAAAUAGAGCAUAUGAUAAACUCACCCAUAUAAAUUUAUAAGAAAUAUCUGCUUUAACCUUUUUUUGAUUGUGCACCUGAAGUAUAUUUUAAGACCUGGCUCUUGCAUAAUUUUUGUUUGAACUUCUAGAAGUUUGAGCGACUGAAAUCUGUCUUCUUUCCUUUUUUUAAGGUGGCAGAGGUCAGAUCAAACAGAAAAAGAAGACUGUUCCUCAGAAAGUUACGAUAGCAAAGAUCCCGAGAGCCAAGAAGAAAUACGUCACACGGGUGUGCGGCCUGGCAACAUUUGGUGAGAGACUCUUGGUUGUAAUAAUAAGUAAUGCAGCUUCGUUUCUUUUAUUCUGAGUGUAUUAUUCCUAACUGUCUCUCUUUGUCGACUCCUGCAGACAUCGACCUUAAAGAGGCUCAGCGGUUCUUCGCUCAGAAAUUUUCUUGUGGUGCCUCAGUGUUAGCAGAGGAUGAAAUAAUCAUUCAGGGAGAUUUUACUGAUGACAUUAUCGACGUCAUUCAAGAGAAGUGGCCUGAGGUGAGUGCCCUGGAUCUGUCUUCAUUUUUCUUUCUUACUUUAAUUCUGACUUUUUCCAUUCACAAAAUAAAGUAGGUUGAGUGCAGAUAAGGCUUUUUUUUUGGUAAAUAACCAAGAUGCCUGACUGCUGAUAGAUUUAGUCUGGAUUUAGCCUCGAAUGAAAUGUCAGGGAAUAAAAACCCAACUGAGCAUGUGAACACACUGAAGUCCGAACUCAGAGACAGUCUGAGGAGCACAUGCGGGGUUACUGCAGCUCUGAGUUUAAACAGGAGGCACACUGGGCCCAGGUGUGUCUCCUGUUGCUGAUUAGAAUACACAAAGGUCUGCCUGUUGCCCUGAAGAGACACAACAAACACCUGUGUAGUGCUUGGACUUCAAACUUUACACCCAACUCCAAGUAAAUUAACCGAUAACUAAUUUGUAAAGAUUGAACUUUUAUCAUAUAUUAAAGUUUGAUAUUCUCCUCUAGAAAAAAAAAAACAAAAACAAGGGGUGUCCUGAUUAAAAUAUUGUUAUUGGAUAUUGGUCCGAUAUCAGCAAAAAAUAGAAUAUCUGAUUAUAUCAGCCUGCAUCUAAGAUCUCCGAUAUCAGCACUCCAAGAAAAGAAGUCCAUUCCAGACUCAGCUCUGGCACCUCUAUCUAGCAGCACCGUGAUCCGACAUGCAGAGCCCACGUAAUCGCAACAACAGUCUUUACUAAGGUACGAACAAAGUAGAGAGGAGUAAAGGUCCUUACACACCGGGAACAAUGCAGAUAUACAAUGCGAAAUUAUGAAAUAUUUGGAGGGGGAUAUUUGACGCGUCCCGGGUGGAAGCGAGAAGACUGACACAACAGCAGACUGACUGCUUUUCAAAACGCUCCCGGUGCGAAAGGACCUUAAGAGUGAUGUCGGCCAUGUGGCAGUACUUUUUCGUUAAAGUCCGAAAAAGACGUUGCAGCUGGGUGCAAGACUUGUCAGGCACAAUUUUAUGCCAGUAUCAGAUCAAUAUCUGUAUCGGCCAUUGCUAAAGGCUAUAAUAGUGGUAUCAUAUCGGAAGUAAAAAAAGUUGUAUUGGGACACCCUUGCUAAAAACUAAGUUAAGCACCCUUUUUUUCAGAAACUAUUUUUUUUAACAUUAAGCACUACAUUUUUAUCAAACAGUACAUACAUUUUUUUCCAUUAAUACCCAAUCCCUCAAACAAAAAUAAAUUCCAACGUAAUCACAGCACAGUCCUGCAUAAACAGGUAGAGUAUCAGAAUGUUGAAACCUUACGCAUACAUACAUAUCACAUACAAUGAUAGAAGCAAUACAGACAACAGAGCCUCCCCAGUCCACUAGCCAUCUUGUCCUGGUUUGGGAGGAGUCCUCCAAUAUACUGCAUAUCCUUGGCCCCACAUAAUCAAGAAAUUGAGUUCAUACCAUAGACUGUAUAUAGAAUGGACAGCGCCUGCCUCCUUGCUUGGUGAAGCCACUCCGAGAACAGCACCCUCUGUAGAUGGGCUGCAGUAUAGGUCAUAAAUCCCGCCUCUGCCAGCAAAGUUUAUGGAGCUGUGGACAAACUUUGGAAAUUUACUACACAGAAUAUAAAUGUUUCUCCCCCCUGGUUGCGGUGUUGACAUGUAGUUACAGUUAGACUGGUUUGUUCUCAAGUCCUCUUUUUUCUGUGAAGCUCUGUUUUUAAAAGUUAUUAGGGGGUUCAUGUUUGCUAUGAUUGACACCUGAUACAGCCUAUUGGCGCUCAGGGAUUGCGUAGCUCACCCGCUGUUUGAGCCGAGCGUCAUCACAGUGACUCUCGGCGACUCACUUGCUGAAUGCACACAAUGCUACUGUGCAAUGUUGGUUUCAGGAAAUGAAGAAAAAUUGCGGAAAUACCGAGAGCUUUUUGGCUUCAAAUCUGUAUACAGGUGGGAGGCGGAACCAAGUUGUCCAUAGUAGAUACAGUCUAUGGUCCACACACAAUAGAACUGUCCAAUUGUCCCUCUGGACCAAUAUGUCAAAUAUUCCAUAGGAAGCAAAUCAAAGUUAAGCACUCUUUUACAAAUUUCUUUAAACUAAUUUAAAAAGAGGAGAAGGAGCUAGCCUGUCUGAUCUUCUAGGCCAAAGAGUCGGGCCCUAACUGAAAAAGCUCAGGGAGUCCUUGAAAGUUUAAAAUAUUAAUAUGAUGAAAGAGUGAAGAAAUAUCCAAACAAGUGAGAAACAUGACUUCAAACUGAUGAAAGCAGCCAACAAAAGGCAUCCUUACCCACUCACUCUCUCUGUUUGCUUCCUACUUUACAAUAAUCCAGUGCCAAUAAUAGAAUAGAAUAGAAUAGAAUAUUCCUUUAUUGAUCCCCCAUGGGGGAAUUUUUUUUGUCACAGCAGCAUCACAGGCAAAGAGUGCAAAAAAGCAGUUAUAAUAAUAAGGAUCGUAAUAUUAAGAACUUCAGUAAAUGUAAUAAUUAAGAAAAAAUUUAGAAAAAGGGAGAAGAAAAAUAAAACUAUAUACAAUAUACACAAUUUAAAUGCAAGAAAAAAAAGUGGUGGUGUGAGUCCAGUUUUAUUGCAGUUCGUUUUAAAGUCUUGAAACUUCACAAAACUGCUAAUUUCCAGAAAAACAGAAGAUCACCAAACCUGUCCAAAAACUGAUGUGGGUCUGUGUUUGUGUGUCUGUGUUGCAGGUGGACGAUGACAGCAUUGAUGAUCUUGGUGAAGUGAAGAAGUGA